AUGUCUUCUGUAAUAACUGCGAGCCUCACCAACAAAGGAAGUCAUCCGCUGCUCACCUUCUCACACACAUUGCACGAGGCCCACAAAGGCGUGUGUCUCAGGCGUGUCUCAGGCGUGUCUCAGGCGUGUCUCAGGCGUGUCUCAGGCGUGUCUCAGGUGUGUCUCAUGCGUGUCGCUCAGGCGUGUCUCAGGUGUGUCUCAGGCGUGUCUCUCAGGCGUGUCUCAGGCGUGUCUCAGGCGUGUCUCUCAGGCGUGUCUCAGGCGUGUCGCUCAGGCGUGUCUCAGGCGUGUCUCAGGCGUGUCUCAGGCGUGUCGCUCAGGCGUGUCUCAGGCGUGUCUCAGGCGUGUCUCAGGCGUGUCUCAGGCGUGUCUCAGGCAUGUCGCUCAGGCGUGUCUCAGGCGUGUCUCUCAGGCGUGUCUCAGGCGUGUCGCUCAGGCGUGUCUCAGGCGUGUCUCUCAGGCGUGUCUCAGGCGUGUCGCUCAGGCGUGUCUCAGGCGUGUCUCAGGCUUGUCUCAGGCGUGUCUCAGGCGUGUCGCUCAGGCGUGUCUCAGGCGUGUCUCAGGCGUGUCUCAGGCGUGUCUCUCAGGCGUGUCUCUCAGGCGUGUCUCAGGCGUAUCGCUCAGGCGUGUCUCAGGCGUGUCUCAGGCGUGUCUCUCAGGCGUGUCUCAGGCGUGUCUCAGGCGUGUCUCUCAGGCGUGUCUCAGGCGUAUCGCUCAGGCGUGUCUCAGGCGUGUCUCAGGCGUGUCUCAGGCGUGUCUCAGGCGUGUCUCUCAGGCGUGUCUCAGGCGUGUCGCUCAGGCGUGUCUCAGGCGUGUCGCUCAGGCGUGUCUCAGGCGUGUCUCAGGCGUGUCUCAGGCGUGUCUCAGGCAUGUCGCUCAGGCGUGUCUCAGGCGUGUCUCUCAGGCGUGUCUCAGGCGUGUCGCUCAGGCGUGUCUCAGGCGUGUCUCUCAGGCGUGUCUCAGGCGUGUCGCUCAGGCGUGUCUCAGGCGUGCGUGUCUCAGGCGUGUCUCUCAGGCGUGUCUCAGGCGUGUCUCUCAGGCGUGUCUCAGGCGUAUCGCUCAGGCGUGUCUCAGGCGUGUCUCAGGCGUGUCUCUCAGGCGUGUCUCAGGCGUGUCUCAGGCGUGUCUCAGGCGUGUCUCUCAGGCGUGUCUCAGGCGUAUCGCUCAGGCGUGUCUCAGGCGUGUCUCAGGCGUGUCUCUCAGGCGUGUCUCAGGCGUGUCUCAGGCGUGUCUCAGGCGUAUCGCUCAGGCGUGUCUCAGGCUUGUCGCUCAGGCGUGUCUCAGGCGUGUCGCUCAGGCGUGUCUCAGGCGUGUCGCUCAGGCGUGUCUCAGGCGUGUCUCAGGCGUGUCGCUCAGGCGUGUCUCAGGCGUGUCUCAGGCGUGUCUCAGGCGUGUCUCAGGCGUGUCUCAGGCGUGUCGCUCAGGCGUGUCUCAGGCGUGUCUCAGGCGUGUCUCAGGCGUGUCUCAGGCGUGUCUCUCAGGCGUGUCUCAGGCGUGUCUCAGGCGUGUCUCAGGCGUGUCGCUCAGGCGUGUCUCAGGCGUGUCUCUCAGGCGUGUCUCUCAGGCGUGUCUCAGGCGUGUCUCUCAGGCGUGUCUCAGGCGUGUCGCUCAGGCGUGUCUCAGGCGCGUCUCAGGCGUGUCUCAGGCGUGUCUCAGGCGUGUCUCAGGCGUGUCGCUCAGGCGUGUCGCUCAGGCGUGUCUCAGGUGUGUUGCUCAGGCGUGUCUCAGGUGUGUCUCAGGCGUGUCUCAGGCGUGUGUCUCAGGCGUGUCUCAGGCGUGUCUCAGGCGUGUCUCAGGCGUGUCGCUCAGGUGUGUCUCAGGCGUGUCGCUCAGGCGUGUCGCUCAGGUGUGUCUCAGGUGUGUCUCAGGCGUGUCUCAGGCGUGUCUCAGGCGUGUCGCUCAGGCGUGUCGCUCAGGCGUGUCUCAGGCGUGUCGCUCAGGCGUGUCUCAGGCGUGUCUCAGGCGUGUCGCUCAGGCGUGUGCGGCUGUGGGGAGCAGGCUAAUGCUGUCCAGAUGGGUGACGCAGAUUCCCCCACUCUUCAGUGUGGAGAUGUCUGA